UUGAUAACAAGAGAAAUUCGAAAAUAACAUAACAGUUUACAGUGAAAGUAACUAACUAACUAACCAACUAAAAAAGAAGAGAAGAAGAAGUGUGUGAUUCGCGUAGGAAGAUUGAAGAAGGCACAGAGGUUUACUAAAUUAAGUAGUAACAAAUAGAAAUGUAUGAAGGUGUAAGAAGAAAAAUAAGAAGGAGGAAAAGUGUGUAGAGACAAAUUACAGCUACACAAAUGCUACCCAACAAGAGCUCUUAUGUAUACACAUACAUAUUGUUCAUCGAUAAAGUUGUAUACUAUAUAUAUAUGUACACAUUAUACAUAUACAUUUAUGCAAACGUGUGUGUAAACAUAUGACUCCCGUAUGUUGCGACAAAGGUAGCUACUAUGUAGAUACCGUGGAUCGGAGGAGGAGGGUCUUUAUCAGCGUUACUUGUUCGACGACGGGCGUCGCCGUUAGCAGCGUACUUUAUUACUUUAUCGUGCGUGCUCCCGCUCAGUUGUUCUCCUCUUAUUUCUAACGACAUUUCACCUAUCCAAGAUAUAUCAUCGAUCAAAAACGACAAAAACUCGAUUCGAUAGAUAACAAUACUAAUUCAUUGCUUGUUCCAAUCAACUUCUUCAACGAGAGAUUGAUUUUUUUUGUUGGUUCCUCUCUUAUCUCUGUAUAUUAUUUUGUCUUUUUUUUCUCUUACAUCAUUUUUUAUUAUUUUUCUUCGGGGGAAUAUUGAAAAGUUGAACAAAAGUGUGAAACCAUAAAGAGAGGAAUAAAAAAACAAACGUUUUAGUUAAUUAAAUAAUUAGUAAUAUUAUUUCUUGAGAAUGUUACUCGAUUAUAGAGGAUGCAAAGUCAACGAUAACAGCUUGAUACUGAUAUCUUGAUUACGAUCAUCAAUUUACACGUUAAGGAUACGUCACCGCAUCGCGACAUUCUCUCUCUCUCUCUCUCUCUUUCUUACUGUUAUUGAUCAUUUCUAAUUUGGAAUGGACACCUUAGAAGAUUUGUCUCUGUACUUUUACAUAGCCUGUGGGAUCGGAUUGAGUCUACAUCUGUUGACGUUCUCUUUACUUGCCAUUUUUUAUUGGAAAAUCAAAAGUCUUUCUAAAGCGGAGUCGAACCAAUUGGGCAGACAGACAAACAUGAUGGCAGAUUUUUGUUAUACAAAUCCAACAAUCGUGCCAGGUGAAGAAUUAUCUCGUCGUGGAUUUUCUAUGUAUUCCGGCAAUGACAAUCUUAACGAAGAUUCUAAUACGAAGAACAAGGAAAUUAGUUAUGGAACGUAUCACGAAGCAUUGUCCAAAUUUUGACGAUGAUAUAUUUUCAUUUCAAAUUAUAUUACCAUUAAUUUGUACUUAAUUUGCACUUUCACGAUCAACAAAUUCAUUAUUAAUUUAUAUAUAUACAUAUAUAUAUAUAUAUUUACAUAAG